CCCCAGACUGUUCCAAACGUCAGACCGAUUGCGCCGCCAUAACUGAUCUUGCCGAACGUCAAACAUGUAAGGUCCAACAUGAAAUCGUUUUCAUCGAGGGUGUACGACCUUCCAUAUUACAUUUGAAUUUAAGUUCAGUAUAUUUAAAUGCAUGUAAGGUAAGCUGGUGAUGUGGAUUUAAAGAUUUGUAUAAUAUUAAGAAUUGAUUAUCGAUUUUCGUGAUAUACAUGUAUAUUAUCUGCCAUUUACAAUUAAGAGUUUGUGGACGUCGGUUGAUAAGUAACAAGUAAUUACAAGUAAUAAGCCCGUAAGAUUCCUUUAUUCCAACACAAUACAAUGGUCUGAAGCAUCUGUUUGUGUUUAAUUCAAAAGCAAAGCCUAACUGUCUCGUCUGUCCGCAGGUUUUGUGAGCGCCGAGAAACGUCAGAUGCCCUCUGGCGGCCCUAACACCCCAGACUGCUCCAAACGUCAGACGCACUGUUCAAACAUUGCUGAACCUGUCAAGCGUCAAGCGUGUUGUGUCACUGCUGAGAAGCGCCAGCCGCGGCCUGUGACCCGCCCUGUCAAAACGGAGGAGCGUGUGUCGCCACGAACUCCUGUGUGUGUCCCUCAGGUUUUGUUGGAAUCAGGUGUGAAAUUGGAAUGUGAACGUCAUCGUCUCGACGCAACGCCGACUGGUAACACAGCGUUUAAUGGCAAUAUCCUUAAGCACUGUAUAACUUCGUUACAUCGAGGCUAUGUCUCUGUGAAAUAA